AUGUACAGACAUGAAACAACGUCGCGAGCCAAACCGCGCGACGAACCGUGCUGCGCUAGUGUAGACGGUGAAACGAACGCGCGCCGUCGCGAACCUGAUAAGCGUUACAGCUCGCAACUCAACCCGAUCCGGGCUCUGUCGGUUUUUCAACGCGACAUCAAAAGAAUUGCGCACGACGAAGUUACGCAUGUUUGGACGGGCAUAACGACGUACUCGUACUGGGUCGUCAUUUUGUUGCACAAUCCGGUUACGCGACGCGGUUCGGACUGCAAUAGAAUAAAUCCCUCGAACAUUGGAUUCUCAUUCACUCAGCACGGAUCAAGUAUGCUCUGGGAGGCUGUACUCGGCGCCAUACUGCUGUGGUCCGCUGCCCCAGGAAAUUCUGUUCGGCCGACGCAACGUGGACAAGCUUAUCAAAUCAGUCCGAAACCUUGCUGGGUGGAUGGUUUAGAAGGAACCUGCAUGUUCGUUUGGGAGUGCAUAAAAUCCGAAGGCUUUCACGUAGGAAUGUGCGUAGACAGUUUUAUGUUUGGGUCGUGUUGUGCGCACAACGCAACCGACAACAUAGUGAUACCAAAUUCGAAUAACAAUCCGGCAGUUUUAUAUACACCUCCUGGAGAUUCAAAUAAUCAUAGCACCAACCGGCCAGACGCCGGUAAACUUAGACCAAGCAGACCACAAGGAAUAGAAUCAUCACAUUCUCGCCCUUUGAAUGUAGCGACAUCUAGACCUAGUCUGCAUUUAAACUUCCACUCGAAUUCAGAGGACGCAAACACCUUCAAGCGGCCUACACAACCACCACGACAUAGUAUUCUACCAGUCGGAUUAGAUACGUUUUCUCCUGUAAAUCUUUCAAUGGCAUUUUCAACGCAUGUUGGAUGGCAAAUUACUACAGAACCCAAUUUUAUAACAGGUCACAAGAACUCUUCAUAUCAAGCAUAUAAACCAAAUUCGUUAUCUUGGCACGUUACCACGGAACCUGGAUUUGUAACGAAAAAUAAGAAUAAGGCAAGUUAUAAACCAAAGCCAAAGCCUUCAAAAAAACCGGUGCAAUUUACUACAAGCAAGAAUCCUGUAAAGUUUAGCAGUAAACCUACGAGAACGACAACGUUGAGGUGA